AUGGAUUUCGAUGGGGUAAUCGAUAUAUCCUCGUAUCCGACAAUUGCUUUCUGGGUCCGGAUCUUUUCUGCGUUUGCUUUUGUGCUAAACAUCAUCGGCCUGGCUGCCGUUGCCUAUGGAAACCCGGCGGUAUUGGCGCAUUACAGGCGAUACCUUAUUAUUUAUCAGAUCUACUCCACGAUCACCGAUGCGAUACUUGGCGGGUUGGCCUUCCCGAUCCUUGCGUUUCCGAAUACGGGCGGCUACUCGAUUGGGCUAUUCACGGAUUGUGGAGUGCCGACGCAAAUGCAGUUGGUGAUCGGACUGAUGCUGAUCUCCGGGUUAUUUGGCGCAAAAAUUGUUAUAUUUUUGGAAAGACAGCAAGCUGCCUUGCAUCAAACGCAUUAUUUUCGGUUAUCGAGAAGUUUCCACAAAUUCACGACAUAUUUCAUGUAUCUGGCCCCAUUCGGGAAUGCCACAUUUGUUUGCAUCGUUUGCUACUACAAUAAUGUCUCGCAAGCCGUCGUUGAUUCUCUUCAGAAAUACCCAGCACUCCGCCAAUUUAUCCUAAACCCAGCCUAUCUGGGCUUUCAACGCGGCUAUGAUUUGCUUAUCACGCUUUACCUAUUUUUCGUUGUCGCCGGAGCGGGCGUGAUUAUAGCUGCGACAACCCUUCCUUCCUUCCACGCCUUUAAAACGCAGCAACUCAUUCUCAGCGAACGCACGCUGCAGAUGCAAAAGCGGUGGCUCGGCAAUUUAUGUAUCCAGACGAUGCUGCUUUGCGCGAUGGUGCUGACGCCAAUCUUCUAUGGGGUGGUUGUGUAUUUGACGCAGCGGAUAUAUUUGGCUGCUUUCACAAUCUGGGGCACGGUUCUCUUUUCACAGCAAGGCACAGCGAUGACCGUGCUCAACUUUAUUCUAUUUCGAAGCUAUCGCCGGGCCUACCAGCCUAGGUUCCCUAACAGUUUUCGUGAUGACGACGCGAACUCCACGAGCACCACUGAAGCCCAUACCGGUUCCAAUGCCGCCGAAGCGAAAAAUAAGCCUGGCCACUCUGUGCGCCAAGCAAAUCGAACUCAA